UCGGCACUAAACGGAGUCAAGAAUUUCUGCUGCUCGCUGGGAUGGCAUCGCUGGGAUUAAAUUCUAAUACAUCUCCUACUGGGAGAUGAUUUAAAAAUAUAUAUUUAUAAUAGAACCUUUGCGGACAUCGAUACCUAACUACAACUCUGUUUGAAUAGAAGUGAAUCGUCGAUUCAAAUCGACGGCGGCGUCACUCGCCGCAGGUUCCAGCGGGGGAGAGGCGACGACGGCGCGAUAAUCGAUACUCGCUAAUACCCGUGGGGGUGUAUCGAUACUCAAUAAUAGCCGUGGGGGUGUAUUGGGAGUAGUCAGUGGUAGGUCUAACAGGUGAUUAGGGGGGCUGUUUAAAGUUGUCAAUGGUAGGGAGGUAGUCAUUGACGGCACGAUAAUCGAUAUUCGCUAACAGGUGAUUAGGGAGGGGGCUGUAGUCAUUGACGGCACGAUAAUCGAUAUUCGCUAAUAGGUGAUUAGGGGGGGGCUGUAGUCAUUGACGGCACGAUAAUCGGUAGGAGCAGGAAGCAGCUGCAGUACCACCACGUGGCGGUGUUCCUACAGGGCGAGUUGACGGCGGUGUUGGUGGUGUUGGUGGUGAGUUGACGGCGGUGUUGGUGGUGAGUUGACGGCGGUGUUGGUGGUGUCAGUGGUAGUUGUACAGCGCUGGUCCCAGUAGUGGGUGGUAAUUAGUGCAGUCGUGUCACUACUACAUUCAUUCUGGCAGUAGUGGCAGCAGUAGUAGUACACUGUGACAGCAGACUGAGUAGUUGCAGCAGUAGUAGAGUCAGUGUAACAGUAUAGUAGUGGUAGUGGUAGUAGAAUCAGUGUAACAGUAGAGUAGUGGUAUCAGCAGCAGUAGUAGAGUCAGUGUAACAGUAGAGUGGUGGUGGUGGUAGUCGAGUGGUGGUAGUGGCAGUCGUGGGGGGCAUGGAGCCCGUGGGGGGCACGGAGCCCGCGUGGUGGCGCCUGCGCGUGCACGAGCUGCCCCCCGCCGUCUUCUUCGGCGUGGCGCGGAUCCUGGACUCGUGCGACUCCGUGAGCGGCGCGAGGCACUUAGCGGCACACGUUCUGGACGACCAAAUGAAGGUGCGCGAAAUCGAGAAUUCCAGGCGAGGACACAGCAUGGCCGAGGAGGUGCUCUGGCUGUGGGCCCAGAAGAACGCCACGGUUCACGACCUCCUGCAGGUGCUCAUCGCCAUCGAAAACCAUCGCUGCGUCGAGUACCUGCAGCGCGAGCUGACCGGCUCCCCCAGUGCACAUCCACGACACAGCUUCCCUGGUGCCUCUCCUCCUCCUCCCCCUCCUCCUGACCACCACCACCACCACUCCGUACCGGCUUCGCCAGACUUGGCGCGAGAAGCCGUGCCACCCACACCAGAUCGAGGUGUUGAGAUGGAUAAACCUGGAGUCCUGUUACUUCCCCCACAUCCACCCAGCCACAGUUUCUGUUCCCUGAACUGCUACAAGCAGCAUCUGCUCCAGCCAAGCGACUCCAUCAAGUGUGCAAACCAUACGUCGGCAACACCAUCGCCUCUGUCCGUUGCGCCCCAGGGGAAUCCAAAAGAGAAGGGGACCAUCAACAAUCUUUCUCAACCUCCCUCUUCAAAAUUUUCCGCGUCUCUACAGGCAGAGCCAGAAUCCCGGCUACGGUUUUCGCACGACCUGGUCUGCUCUGGCACUCAGAACUUCAGCGAAGGCCGCAAGCUAGGCGAGGGCAGUCUGGGCACCGUGUACGGGGCCUGCAUCUGCCGAACCGACUACGCUGCCAAGCUGCUGAGACAGAUGGGUGGAUUUAAAGAGGAGGCCGUUUGGAAAGUUGUUGAGUCAGAAGCCAGAAACCUUUCCCAGUUGAAACACCCAAAUAUCAUCGUGUUGGCCGGCUACAGCCAGAAGGGUGAGCAGUGCUGCCUAAUCUACGAGCUGGCGGCAAACGGAUCCCUGUCUGACCGGCUCCAGUGUGUGGGCGGCACGGCGCCGCUGCCGUGGCGACGGCGCGUCGCCAUCGCCGCGGGCCUGGCGCGCGCCGUCCUCUUCAUGCACACGUCGCAAGCGGCCCCCGUCGUCCACGGGAACGUCCGCAGCUCGAAGGUGCUGCUGACCGAGGGCUUUGAGCCGAAGCUGGGGGGCUUUGGGUUCGCGAGCCUGCGCCCGUCCCUGGGGCUCGCUCGCGACCACAGCGUCACCGUCACGAUGCGCACGAGCCUGCUCGGCAGCCAGCUGGCGUACCUCCCUGACGAGUUCUUGAAGGAUGGACAGCUCUCCGCCAGCCUGGACGUUUACAGCUGCGGCAUUGUUCUGCUCGAGCUUCUGAGUGGGCUCAAGGCCUACGAUGCCAGCCGGAAGCCCCGAUUACUGAAGGACUUGGUCCUGGACAGCGAUCCCUCGCUGCCGCCAGAGCAGCUUGUAGACAAGACUGCGGGUGCCUGGCCGGCGUCCGUGUCGUCCGCCCUGCUCGCGCUCGCCCUGCGGUGCAUCGGGCCACGCAAGUCGCGGCCUCACAUAAGAGAGUUUACGCCACCGCUGGAAGAAGGCCCUCGACUAUAA